GGCCAAACUAGCAGCGAGGGAAAACAUUUUGAAAAGCUUCUCCCAUUUCGGAACGCGGCGAGCGCGGGCGGCGGCCGGAGAGGAGGAAGGCGACUGCUAGGGUUUCUCCCGCUGCCGAGUCGGGUCCCCGAGAAAUGGAGGGGAUGGUGAUGGCCGUCGAUUGCGGCGCCGCCGCCGGCGACGCGAAGGAUGACCUCAAGUGCAUAUCCGGGCUGAGCACCAUUCUCGUGGCCACCAUCCAGGAGGUGAAGGACCAGGUCUCCCAGAUGGAGUUCAUAUUCUGCAAGCAGCUCUUCCCGCACAUCCAGACGAAGGCGAAGCUCGCGCAGGCGCGUUUUGACGCGAUGAAGGCCAAUGAGGAUGAGUGGAGGAAGAGGGAGGCCAGCCUGGUGAGCCAGCUGGAGGAGCUGAGCAGCUGGAAGCGACAAGCGGAGGAGAGGCUGCUGCAGAUGGGGAGCUCUAUUGAGGAGAUGAAGGGGAAGCUUGCGGAUUCAGAGAGAUUGGCUGUGAAGCAUGAGGCUGAGAAGGAACGGCUUCUAGAGAUGGAGGGUGUGGCUGCUGAUGUGGUUGGUCGGCUCCAGAAGGGGAUUAAUGAGAAGGCUGCUGAGGUAGCCAGAGAGAGGGAGGCACAUCAAAGGCUGUUGCAGCAGGUUGAACUGAAGGAUAAGGAUCUGCUUCUGGAACAGAGUAAGCGGAGGGACUUGAUUGAUGAUUACACUCAGCUGAAGACAAACUACAAGCACCUGAAGUCUCAGUACAACUUUCUUCUUGGAAGGAUUGAUCAGAAUGAUGGCUCCAAGUCUCAUGUAGACAUUCCUGUAGAUAAAAGAAACUCUGAAAGUCCUCCAAGUAAGAGAAAGCUCAAAGAUUUGGAGCACACAAACAAGGAGAGCAUCCCGGUUGUUCCCAUGACAAGAGACCUGAAGAAGCACACAAACAAGGAGAGCAUGCCGGUUGUUCCCAUGACAAGAGACCUGAAGAAUGACUCUACUCCAGGUGCCAAAGCCCAUGCUAGUUCAGUCAGGAAUCCAUUCAGGAACUCACGCCUUGCUUUGCCAUCUGGCUCAACUAAUCCACUGCCAAAUAAAGCUGCCAGCAAUUCAAAAUUAGAAGCUAUAUCUAGCAUUGCUGGCCCAAGUCUACACUGGAGAGAGACCCGGGCACGCAAAGAACCAGGUGUUGCAGAUCCGCACGAUGAUUUCCUUGAUACACCUCUGGAGGCUGUUAAGAAUACUAUCAGGAAUCCUGCAACUCCAGAAGGUGCACAGGCUCUUGCUGCCUCUCCUCCUCAAGACAUGGAAUUCAACAAUUCAGAUGAUGAAACUCAAGAUAUGAAUAAUGCAACUCAAGGCCUGAAGAACAUUCCCAGCAUGCCGGCUCCCAAGCAGCAAAGCACGAUAUCAGUACAGCCACCAAAGAAAGAUUUCAAAUACAGAGAGUCGGUAAGAAAGAAAGCUGAUCGGGAGAACCUGAAAGGUGUCGAGUGCAAGCAGUGCAAGAAGUUCUAUGACGCUGUUCUUCCAGAUGGCCGUGCGAACGGUGAUGGUGCGGGCUCUACAAGCUUGCGGUGUGAGCAUCACGAUGGUGUGUCCAGACAUCGGUACAGGUAUGCCCCACCUUUGACGCCGGAAGGGUUUUGGAACAUUGGGUUUGAAUCAGAAAUGUAGUAGUACAUUAAGUAGCAGGAAACCUUCAAUAGUGUGUACAGAUACAAUAUAUUGUCAUAAGGUAAGUUCUGUGUCGUCCCAAAAAUAUUUUAGCGAUGCCCGCAACGAAUUGCAUGUUGCUGCUCAUGUUGAAUAAACGUACAUCCUAUUAAGGUCGAUGGUAGGCGGUAAAUACUGUCAGUAGGCUGAAGAUGGAAUGCUCUGUCAGUUUGUUAUUGACUUAAUGUAAAUUCAUCAGUUUGAACAUUUACUGUAAUGAAUCAUCUUUGAUUACCAUUGAAAA